AACUUUUUUGUUUCCCAUUCCAAAUAAUCAAAAAAAUCACAAUGGCUUCUUCAGUUAUGGCUUCUGUGAGUCUCAAACCAACUCCUUUCACUGUUCAGAAAUCUCCAGUGAAAGGACUUCCUUCAAUUUCAAGGCCAUUCAGAGUUGUUGCUAGUGGUAUCAAGAAGAUUAAGACUGACACACCUUAUGGAACUGGUGGUGGCAUGGAUUUGCCUAAUGGACUUGAUGCUUCUGGCAGGAAACAAAAGGGAAAGGGUGUUUACCAGUUUGUAGACAAAUAUGGUGCUAAUGUUGAUGGAUACAGUCCUAUCUACGAGCCCAAGGAAUGGUCAGCCAAUGGUGAUACCUACGCCGGAGGUACGACUGGGCUGGCAAUCUGGGCAGUAACUCUAGCCGGUCUUCUAGCUGGAGGUGCACUCCUUGUCUACAACACAAGUGCUUUGUCACAAUAGAUUCUGUUAAGUUGAUAUUUAAGUUGUAACAAUAUUUCAUGUAGCUGAAGGAUAUACUCAUCAAAUUAUUGUGGACAUAGUUCCUUCUGUUCUGUUCUAUAAAUGUUGUGUGGAUUUCAAGAAAAAUAAUCUCUGUUUAUAUGACCAUGCAUCAAUAUAUUUGUUAAAUCUUAUGAA